UUCUAUGGAGUAAAAAUAAUUUUUAUUUAAAGCAAAGCGUUAGGUGGUUUACUGUCAGGUUUAUCAACUUAUGUACUUUGAGGAUUAAGAAUUUAUUUUUGUGUGUCGGACGUGAAAAUAAAUGAGAUACAUUAUACCAGGGAGCAUCUAUCCAUCAUAAUUUGUUGUUACGUAUCAUUUAUUAAGUGUAUUUGUGUGAAGUUUACGCCUCCGAUUUAGACUUACGUGGAGUUUGUUUUGCUUCGCUUAUUAUUCGAUUAUGGUAUUCCUGCUGGAAAAUAUUGCCGUUUUCGCAGGUCAUUUUUUAAGUGUGCGGUUAUCACUCUUUAUCUUUCGUACAUUGUGCGUUUAUGAGAAUGUAAUAGUGCCUAGAUACAAGUAAUAGGGAAUAUUAUAUUAACAAUUGGCAGAGAUGUAUGGACGUAGACAUUAUUCAGAUAGAGAUACAGAGCGGUACAAAGAUGAACCUGCACGUGUCCUUCCUCUGAAGUUGAGCCCCACAGACCUGCAGGACAUCAGGGACGCUCUGCAACUGGCCAAGCCGUCGCUGGAGAACCUGAAGCAGUUGAACUCUGAGUUCGACACCAGCACCGCGUCGCGCGCCGCGUCGCACGCCGCUGGCAGGAAGCGCGAAGAUGCCGGGGACAGCGAGUUCCGGAAGAAGUUCCUGCAGACCAUCACAGGUAGUAUUGAUACAAAGAUAGCAGAUUCACAGUUUAUGGCUAUGCUGCUGAGCAGGGAUCCAAGUGUUGAUGGAAUUUUGGAAAAUGAACUGCAGGAUAAACAGGAGAGUCCACAUUUCAGGCAGAUGCUGGAGUUCCGGAAGAAACUGCCCAUCUUCAAAAAAGAAACUCAGAUCCUCUCCAUGAUAGACGCACACCAAGUUGUCCUCAUUUCUGGAGAGACUGGAUGUGGAAAGACAACCCAAGUAGCCCAGUUCAUCUUGGAUGACUACAUUUUGAGAGGCCAAGGAUCGCUUUGCCAUGUGGUGUGCACCCAGCCUCGGAGGAUCAGUGCUAUUUCUGUCGCCGAGCGAGUGGCUCAAGAGAGAGACGAUCCUUGUGGCAGUGCUUCUGUUGGCUACCACAUCCGCUUGGAAGCGAAUCUUCCUCGUCCAAAUGGUUCAAUCCUUUACUGCACUACAGGAAUGUUGCUUCAGUUCAUGCGUUCAGAUCCUGGCUUGCGGACCAUAUCUCAUUUGAUACUGGACGAGAUACACGAGCGAGAUGUAUUCUGCGAUUUCGUCCUGACCAUUCUUAAAGACGUCAUACCCAAGAGACCAGAUCUUAAGAUAAUUCUAAUGAGUGCCACUUUGAAUGCUGAGAAAUUCUCAGAAUAUUUUGAUAACUGCCCUACCAUUGACAUCCCAGGAUUCACACACCCUGUGAAAGAAUUCUACCUGGAGGAUGUUUUGCAGAUGACAGGUUUCAGAAAUUUCAGUGAACCAUACCGUGGAAAUAAAAAUGCUCUUGAUGAAAUAGCUCUUAACAAGAAAAGGAAUGAGUUUGAAAACUAUAUUUUGCCAUAUGUCAGCGGCUUGAAGUCUCAACAGAAAUAUUCAGACCAUGUUAUUCAGUCACUGGGAAAGUAUUCAUCAGAAGAACUCAGUAUUAAUCUUAUAGAGUCCCUCAUUCGUCACAUCUGCAACAAUGAAGGUGAAGGUGCAAUCCUGGUGUUUCUUCCAGGAUGGAAUGAAAUUUCAAAUCUGGAAGGUUUGCUUACUGAAGAAAAGGGAUAUACGUCAGAUGAAUAUUUGAUAAUCCCACUUCAUUCCAUGCUACCUACAGUGACCCAGAAGGCUGUGUUUGAAAAACCACCUCCUGGUGUAAGGAAAAUUGUACUUUCCACUAACAUUGCUGAGACGUCUAUCACCAUUAACGAUGUGGUGUAUGUAAUUGACUGUGGCAAAAUGAAAACGAAGAACUUUGAUGCUGUCAACAACGUCGCGACCUUGCAAUCAGAGUGGGUGAGUCGAGCGAACUCUCGGCAGCGCAAGGGACGGGCUGGCAGGGUGCAGCCUGGCAACUGCUACCACCUGUUUUCGCGAGGUCGGGAAAGGAUCAUGACUGACUAUCCGCUUCCCGAGAUGUUGCGCACUCGCUUGGACGAAGUCAUUCUCCAAAUUAAAAUCCUUCAGCUCGGCAAAGUUGAGCCCUUCCUGGGGAAAGUUAUGAACCCUCCUGAUUCGAAGGUGAUCGCGCUCUCUCUUAAGUUGCUGCAAGACUUGAAAGCCCUGGAUGAGCACGAGAACCUGACUCCUCUGGGAUUCCAUCUCGCCAACUUGCCGCUGGACCCGCAGAUCGGGAAGAUGAUCAUCAUGGCUACCAUCUUCAGCUGCAUCGAUCCCAUAUUCUCUAUUGCAGCCAGCCUCUCAUUCAAGGACCCAUUCGUUGGAUCGAUACGUUCAGAGAAGAAGGUGCUUGCUGCAAAACUCAGUUUGCUGAAGGGACAUGUCAGUGACCACCUGGCAGUUGCUGAAGCAAUGAGGGUCUGGGAAGAGUUGGAAGUGAAUAAGAAGAAGAAAUUCUGCAGGGACCACUUUCUCUCACAAAGCACUUUGUACAUGCUUAGAGAUAUGAAAGGACAGUUUGCACAGUACUUGAGAGAAAUGGAUUUUUUGAUCAGUAGUGAUUACAAGGCUGGAAGUGCAAACAUAAAUUCAGAACAUUUGGGUCUCGUAAAGGCAAUCAUUUGUGCUGGCUUGUACCCAAAUAUUGCAAUUUUCAGGAGGGUGGACCACAGCCGACACACGGGCAAGACCAACGUGAAGCUGAGCACGCGCGAGGACGGGCUGGUGGCUCUGCACCCCAAGUCCGUGGCGGAGAGCAUGAAGGCGUUCGUCAGCCCCUUCAUGGCGUACCACCUGAAGAUGCGCAGCUCCCAGGUGCUUCUGCACGACGUCACCGUGGUCUACCCCACGGCCCUCCUGUUCUUCUGCGAGAGCAUCGUCUGUGGGGCCAACUCGGUCGUCGUCAGCGACCAGAUCUGCUUCAGCUGCAGCUCCAGCGUUGCCGCCACCCUUCUCAAGGAACUGAGAGAUCAACUGGAUGUUAUACUGAAACACAAGAUAACCCAUCCAAACAUUACAGAUUGGAGUGAACGUAACUUUGAGGCCAAGUUGCUAAGGUAUGUAAUAAACCUGAUAGUGGAAGAAGACAAGCGGAUGACAGUUUUUAUUCCAGAAGAUAGGCAAAGGUUUUAAUAAUAAAUAUAUUUUUAUACUGUUCUUAAAUGAAACAUUGUAUCAAUAGAGUGGUUUUAAAAUGAAUAAGACUGUACAGUUGUGUUUGUAGGUUUAUUAGUAAUAUUACAGUAAAAUUUUUAUGUACAUGUGACAUUUGUUUAUUUUUUAAAAUAUUAUCUUCAAUUGGAACUCUGUCUCUAAUAAAAACCAUCUCUAAACAGUGUUUUUUUUUUUUAAAUUAUGGAUUUCAACCAUUCACUGGUUUGAAUUUUUAAAAUUGAGUAUUUUCUAAAAAUGGUAAAAAAAAAAAAAAAUUGUUUGCUAUAAUUUUUUUUUGUAAAAAAAUUCUAUAUUUAUGGGUUCUAUUGUUAAUGCCUGUCUCAAAUGUAAUCUGUUUAGAUCUAUUGUUACUACUUAAUGGACAGGUGAAAGUUAGAAUAAAUAUUAAAAUCAAGAGAAAA